AUGUCGAAUCGAUUUGAGGUCCCGGACGACAGUCCGCCCUCCACCCCAGACCGAAGCUCACGAAGCAAUUCCAACCUUUUUCACUUUGGUGACAAUCCCUCCACGACGCCAGCAGGCCCUCCUCCUUCGUCCGCCGCAAGCUUCACCCCCGCUGGCGCGCCAUCCGCGUCAUACCUGGGCAGUUCCCUUAUGAAGGGAAUGACGGCUCAGAAACCUUCCAGCUUCGGUGGCCAGAAAGCUACGGGAUCAUCGAAGUCGAAGAAUCCAUUCGCCCGCGAGUCCAACUCACCCCUGGGCCGGUCCGUUCGUUCAACGAGCGCUCGGCAACCGUCGAGGCUGAGAGAGGAACACGCAUACGACGAUGAAGACGACGAGGAGGACGAGGAAGAAGACGAAGAAGUGGAAGAGGAAGAGCUGCCGACAAACAGCCGACAUGGCGCCUUUGGAAUGACCUACGAUGCGACAGAUGACGAUAUUGAAGUCGACGAACCAACCAGAGGCUCAGGAGGCCGAGCGAACGCUUUUAUGGAGGAUUACGAUGACGAAGACGCAGAGGGCGAUCCUACCGGAGACAUGUGGCUCGACAUGGACCAAGAUGCGCCACUAGAUAACGAAUUUCUCGGCGAUGGCUCCGAUCUGAUGAUGCUUGCGACUCCCGCCGCGAACGACCGUGUGCGGAAGGAGGCAGAAGACAUCUUUCGCGCGUCCGCCAUGCGCUCGGGAGCCCGGCGACAUGAGUUCAAGUGCGCGUCCAUUGCCAAGGACUUCUACAGCCAGGCAAGCUAUGCACCAGUCACAGAGCCCCCGGAGUUGAUCCUCGCCAGCGAGUCGCUGGUCGCGCGGCUGUAUAGCGAAGGUGUCGGUCCGGAGGACGACGAGGAGAGAUUGGACAGCGCAUUGGCAACUGUUACCGGCCAGUUAACUUCAUUAUGGCAAGAAUACGUUGGCAAAAUGCCUCAGUCCGAUGAGGAGCAUGCUGCGGAGAUUGGCCCCGGACCGCACGCCUCUUCAUUAGAGAAGGCUGCUUACCUAGCUACACUCGUCCUGCAGGUGCACCACACUCGCACGGAAGAAGGUGGAAAGGUCCAGGUGGAGGCACUCCCUGAGACUCUAUUCCGAUGGCUCUCCGACUACCACAAUCCCUACCCAGGCCAGAUCCAGGAAACUCUCCUGAGGACAGCAGGCUGGGAGCAUGUGAAGGGCAACCGACGAGGCGAGCUUGCCUACACAGGCCGAGCGCUGGUCAACGUGCAACGUGCGGUUCAAGAGACUUGCAACAUGCUCGACGACUGUCCUGGCAAGCAUGGAAACUGGGACAUCUGGAACAGCGAUUGGACCCUUUUCCGAAUUCGAGCACGUGGCCAGCUGGAUCAGCUGAGACGCUUUGCUGAGGGGAAGGAGACAACUGCAGAUGAUCUGGAUGGCUCAAUACGUGGUCGCCACUCUGUCGCCGCAACGGCGAGGAAAGCUGAGAGUCAAGUUCCUUGGGAAAUAUAUGAACAACUUAGAUUGAUCUUCGACAUCGCCCUAGGCUCAGAAGAGGCCGUUCUUGCUACCGCCCAAGAUUGGUGCGAAGCGACGAUCGGGCUUUUUGGUUGGUGGGAUGAAGGGAAGAAUGACAAGACCAUGCAUAUAUCGAAAUCGCAAAGCCUUGUGCUGGCAGCGCAGAUACAGGACAGCAGCUCCGAGGGUUAUCUCGAGCGACUUGCACGGUCCUUCCAGAUGGCAGUCGACGCCGAGUUUCAUUUCAAUUCUCUAAAUCCUGUCGAGAUUGGCAUGGCGUGUGUUUUUGAAGAUAACGUCAAGGCUGUGAUUGCUAUUCUACGAACCUUUUCUCUCCCUGUAGCUUCUUCCGUGGCCGAGAUAGCAUCUUUAGGCCACUGGCUACCACCACACCAGCCGUCAGCCCUUUACGGAUUUGAGGAUCUCGACAUGGAUGAUCUCGAAGUCCUUGGGGUUGAUCCUGGCAAUCCAGAUGAAGUGGAUGGAGUGAAGGACAACACCCUCAUCCAGUAUGCCCAAGAGUUGGCAAACUACAAGGAGUUGUCUCUGGUGAAAGACAACGUUGGCAUUGCCAUGGACGGAUGGGAGGUGGCAAUUCAUGUCCUAGGGCGAAUGGACUCUGCACAACGAUCAGAAGAAACCGUAGGAGAACUGGUGGAAAGACUUCUAGAAGAAAUCGACGUUGAUUCCAGCGACAUGGUGGAGAAGAUAUGGCGGCUCCUUAAUGAUCUCGGCAUGAUAGUAUUCGCUGAGCAUACCGCCGAGCAUUACGGAGAGAUCCUUAAGAAUGAAUCUCACAAAUAUGGCGAGGCUAUGUGGUAUUUUGCGCUAGCCCAUCGACCCGGAAAGGUCCGAGAAGUUAUGAAUCUCCUCAUCUCAUACUCCUUGAUCCAGUCGGUCGCUCAUCCCCCCACCGCCGAGCUUGACAGCCACCUGAGAAGGUUGCUCAAAGAGCGGAACGCUACACUGGAGCAUUUCGCCAAACAGGACCUCGAAGCAGCUGAGCUGCUUGGCAAAAUGCUCGCCGGCUAUGCCACCCUUCGCAAGUACUAUGAGAUUCGGGACGACGACUCAAUUCCCCUUGCACGACGUCACCAGGCUGCUGCCGCCGCGUUGGUGCUCGUCAUUGCAUCUUCAGACGACAACAUCCGCGGAGGGUUAUACGACGCCAGCCGCGAUGCAAUCGUCAGUGAGGACUUCCUCCUUGCCCUCCUAGGAGAGGCCCUUGUCUUUGUCAAUCAAAGCCCUUCGGCUAUCACACUCGACCAACUGGAUGUACUCUUGAAAGCCGUCGAGGAUAUCCAAGCAGUGGGAAGCAGAGUCUACAAUACGUGUGAUGACUUCUUCCAACUUGUGCUUGCAUCUGCACCGGGACUGAAAGGCUCCAGCCCUGCCGACCUAUUGAAGAAAUCUACCUCGAAUCUCAGUAGCGGCGCGGCAUCUUACAUCAUGGACGGUAGUUCCAUGCUUGCAAGCCAGCUGCAUCGCUCCAUUAGCGGCAGUGGCACUCUUGCAAAGGCAAAUGUGAAGAGAGGAUGGGAUUGGCGAGCUGGCCUGACUGCCUCGACAGGUGCAGAAGACAUCUUGAGAAUACUACGUUUGGGAUUGACAAAGGAUAUGGCAAGACUAUGGCUGGAAGCCACGGAUAACGGAUUCGCAUAA